AUUGAUGUUUAUAAAUUACAACCGAAUACUAGCUAUGAAUUUAGAAUUUGGGCUACCAAUAAACUGGGUAGGGGGGAAAUAACUGAAGUCAUUGGAACUACUUCACAUGAAUAUAAAGAAGAAGCAAAAGAUGUUUUUUAAUCCAGAAUUGGCUCGACGCAUGUUAGCUGGAGCAGACAAAUUCGACACGAGAGUAUGGGCCGUGGCCGUUGGGAUUGUUAUGGGAACUCUUAUUUUACUGGGAUUGGGAACAUGUUUCUUAUUAUACCAAGAAUGUCGCCUUCCUAGUGUUCCAGAAGAACAAGAGAUUAUAGAACUAGUUCCGAAUAUUAUAUUGAAUCCUGGAUUUGAGGGCAACAUACUAAGUGAACAAAUGCCCACAGACGAAAAUUCUAAUAAUGAAACGCCUUUGCGUUUGAACAAUAAUACAGUAGUGCAGCCUAGGAAUGUAUAGUUUUUUACUAGAUUUCGCUUUUACAAAUACAAUAGAAGAAAACAUUACGGGGACACAUGAUGAAUAGUUUAUAAUUCCAGUUUUCUCGAAUGCUUGUGUUCAAGGGUGUAUUGCCCACAUGUGAUUUAAUGUUAGAAAUGUUAAGUUUUAAAA